AUUUUAUUGAUUCCACCUUCUCCUCAAUCGUAAACUCAAUUCCCCUGAUUCACAUAGUCUUAGCAAUCUCAGACUCUCCCAAAUUCUCAAUCUCAAUCCCAAACCCAAACCCUACCCUCCUCUCACACACCCCACAGCCUUCCUUGCCUUCUCGCCGUUGCCGCCUUGCCACCGUCGGUGUCCCUCUCACCGAAUUCAUUGUUGACUCUUUCUCUGCCACCGGAGUCUUUCUCACAUCUGUAGGCAAAAUUCCAAGAAAGGAGUUCAUGACAAAAUGUAUCCGCCAUAUGGACCCUGAAAAUAAAACUUUCCAGCCAUGGUAUAGACGCGAUAAGCUCUCGCGUGUUUUAAAGUGAAACACGCAUAUUCCUCUCGCGUGUAUUAAAGGAAAAACGCGUCUUCUUCUCGCGUGUUUAAAGAAAACACGCGACACGCUCUCGCGUGUUUAAAGCAAACACGCAACACGCUCUCGCGUGUCUCCCUUGGUUCAAAAUACGUCCAGAAGGCAGAACAGACCCCAAACACGCGAAGAGCAGCGGCGAAACCAGCGAAAAUCGGUGAAAGCAGCGGGCUAAUCCCAUAUUUAGCUCUCCCAUUCCAAUUUGAAGUGUUGUUAGGAUGUCCCGAUAUGGACCAGAAGAUCCUUCUGUUUUGCAUUAUCAGCACAGUCAUAUAUCGCGCAAGGCGUGGGCAGGCCAGGAAACAGCCUCUUUCAAUAUUCGGCGCUUUGAAGGACAUUUCUGGGAAAUCGAUAAUCAUCACAGACGCGUGAUUGAUUAUGUCUGUAGAUUUGGUUUAGGUGGAGUACUUUUCUGUGGUAAGGCUCUGGAUGUAGAUCAUGCGUUGAUCACAGCUUUGGUUGAGCGCUGGAGGCCAGAGACACAUACAUUCCAUCUUCCCGUAGGGGAAACUACCAUUACAUUACAAGACGUACAAGUAUUAUGGGCAUUACGUGUUGAUGGAGUACCCUUCACCGGAAAUGGGUUUUGUGAAUCUGGGUGGAGGGGUUUAUGUGAAGAGCUCUUGGGCUUCUAUCCCCUUCAAAGCGAGAUGAAGGAAAACGGUAUCUUGGCAUCCGCGCUAAUACAUAGGAUGGCGAUUGAACCGUUAGGAGAUGGUCUCGAAGACGAAGCCUACAUUCAACGGGCACGUAUGAUUGUGCUUGUGCUAUUGGGAGGGUUGAUCUUACCCGACGGCUCAGGGUGUAAGAUACCUCUCAUGUGGUUGACCCAACUUCGAGAUGUAGAGGCUGCCUCUAUGAUUAGUUGGGCGAGUGCUGCACUUGCUACAUUAUACCAUAAUCUGUGUGAGGCGUCUAUGGGCAAAAGGUCAGACAUUGGAGGUCCGACGGUGCUCCUACAGCUUUGGGUGUGGGAGAGAAUGCCCACUUUGAGACCGGAUUUUGUAGCGGCACGUAUACAUACAAACAACACUCCAUGUGCCUUAAUGUGGACUGGCUCCUAUAUGAUAAACAGAGCCCCCAAACAUUCGGUUCGACAUUAUCGUGAACAGUUGUCAUUACUCCAAAAUAACCAGUUUAUUUGGAUGCCCUACGUGGACCGUCAAUUGCCAGACUCCUGCCUCGAUAUGAACAACAGUUGGAGAUCUGUGACGUACAUUGUGUGUUGGGCUAUUGUAGAAGCACAUGAACCUGAACGCGUGGUUAGACAAUUUGGAGGCACGCCGUUCAUCUCGGAAUUGCGUGAUUGGGGUUUCAAUGAAACUCACUUCAAAACCAAUCGGCGUGGAAAGGCUAAGACGAACUGGGCUGUGCAGAACAAGGCCUACAUCCAAUAUUGGGAGAGAAGGUCUGAGUUCGUUACUAACGCUUACAUGGAGCCUCUUGCAGACCACAUGCAGGUGAUGAGGACUCGACAAUACAUGGAGUGGUAUUUUAAAAUUACCAUUACAUAUAUCACGCAGCCGGGUAGGCUUCCAGAAGUAGGGAUGAACACUGUUGCAUCAGCAUCUACAGUCCAGAUGUCCGUAGCUUUCCGCGUUCUAGGUUACCGCCCUCUUUUGCUGACACCUUCCAUAGUUGAUUCUCGUUCCUUGUUGCAACAUUCCAGAUUCCAACACUUAAGAUUGAUGGAAAGUCAUCGCGUUGCAGCUGGAAACCCCAGUUAUGUUACCUCAGCUCAUUAUAACAAAGGUAGUGGAGGCAGAGGUAGAGGAAUUGAGACAAAAGAUAACCGCCAAAGAUCAAGAGGGAAUGGCAGCACCUCUUCUGGAAAUGAUAAGAUUAAUGCACUUGGCAGACUGCUAACGCGCAUAUUGAGACACCAGGCCUCUGACUUGAAUCUGGGUAUGAGGAAUGAUGGUUAUGUCAAGGUCCAAGAUCUGCUUAAGUUAAAUUUGAAAACUAUGGCAAAUAUUCCAUUGCGAUCACACACAGUCGAAGAAAUUAGAGAGGCUGUCAGACAAGAUAACAAACAGCGGUUUAGCCUAUUGGAAGAAAAUGGAGGGCUUUUGCUACGUGCAAACCAAGGUCACAGUAUAGUGACAGUGGAAACAGAGAGCCUGUUGAAGCCUAUACUUUCACCUGAAGAAGUUCCAGUUUGUGUGCAUGGAACCUACAAGAAGAACUUGGAAUCAAUCCGAAGGGAGGGUCUCAAGCGCAUGCAGAGGUUACACGUGCAUUUCUGUAGUGGCUUGCCAAGGGAUGCAGAAGUUGUUAGUGGUAUGAGGCGAGAUGUUGACACGUUAAUCUUUCUUGAUGUGAGAAAAGCUAUGGAAGAGGGAAUGAAACUUUUUGUAUCCGACAACAAGGUGAUUUUAACCGAGGGUUUUGAUGGAGUGGUGCCUGUGAAGUACUUCCAGAAGACAGAAUCUUGGCCUCAGAGACGGCCCAUACCUUUUUAGAUGGCAAUGGAUAUUCCAAUUGAAAUUCUCUUUCAAGGUAAAACAUGAUGAUGCUUAUUAUGCACACUUGACGAUCCAUUUCUUGUACGAAACAUCACAGGGAAGGGUGUGUAUAACUGCUCCAAUGAGUGAGAACCAUGUUUCAGCAUAAUCUUUAUUAAAUGUGUAAAUACUCGAGUAGUAUAUUGCCAUUCCUUUUUUUGCUUC